AUGAUGUCCUGGUUGGUAAUCGCGUCUCUCGCGGUUGUGUUGCUUGCAUGGGCCAGGCAACGCGAGGCGAGACAGACACACCGACAAGCGUUGGCGAGCGGGAAGCCUGUCAGAAAAGACGCCAAGGGACGACGAGAUGUUACAGUCUCUACCCCCCAGAUAGAACCGCUGGAUGGCUUCGACUGGGAACAGACGAAACCGAAGAAAUUCCGCCCCUUCAAGCCAAUCUACCACAUCACCAUGGGACUGCAAGCCAGCAACCCGUCCGAAUUGAUCACCAUGGACCACGACUACGCCGACAAGAUGGAGUUCAGACGCAAGACCAUCGCGUCGCACCCAGACGCCGUCAUCGGCGCCCUGCGGCCAGAGGGCCUCGCGCCCGCGCAGGAGCUGUACACGUACCUGCUGGGCGAGUACCUGCCGACGCGGUACCCUCGCAUGUUCACGCUCGAGGACGAGGGCGGGACGCUGCGUAACCACGUCACGGGCCGUACUUGCGCGACCGUGCCGCCGUCCGACGACGUCGAGGUGCUCCUGCGCACGCUGGGCGAGACGGUCGAGGACGACUUGUUCAUCCUGGUGCGGACGCCCGCCGGGCAGCACAGGAUGGUCGCGUUUGUGUGCUGUCAUCCGGCCGGGUUCAAUCCGGCGGACAAGCUGGGGAUGGUCCUUGCCGACAUUCACGGCCCGGUCCCGUCGUAUGAGAAGAUUGGGCCCAGCAUGGAGCGGUUCUUUGCAAAGUUGGAGGUUGGGGAGGUGGUCAAGAGGUUGAAUUGGGCAAUCACCACCGAACCGCAACUGUUCACCCCCUCGGCAUAUCAUGUUCACGAGGGCGAUGAGGUCCAGAAAGACGAGGAGAUUGACAUUGAAAAGACUCGACUUCGCGUCGAACUGCAGUCGCUAUCCAGACUUCCCAAAACAAGGGCGGUCCUCUUCUCCUUCAAGUCAUACCUCUACCCGGUGGUGGACAUCAAGGAGGAGGGUCUGGGUCCGGAACUGGCAGACGCCAUCGAAGGUCUCAAGAAGGGCAAUGCGCCGGGAAUGUGGAUGUAUAAAGGAGGGGUGCGAUGGGGCAAGGGAGUUUGCGAAUAUCUGCGGAGCUAG